AUGGCAGAUCAAAAUUAGUACUAAAACUAGUAGCAAUAGCAACACAGACCAGCUGGAAUCAAUCCCUAAGGCAUGCCAAUGCAAAGACAGCAAACAAUGCAAGGCCAGAUGCCAAUGAUGAAGUAGGGUUAACCAACGAACAUGCCUCCAUAGGGAAUGCCUAUGAUGAGCCAAGGAUAGUAAAUGCAAAUGAGAUAAGCAAUGCCGCCCAUCUAAGGCUAGCAAGUUCCAGGAUAGUAAUUGGCGCAGGGCAUCCCAGGAGGAGCACCCCUUCCAACUUAAGGCUCUUAGAUACCUGCUUAUCCGCCCGUUAUGUAUAUACCAAAGCAAUAGCAGUAGUCCAUGCCACUAAAUCCUUAGUAAAUGGCUCAAACUAGACCAGCUGGAGAUAGACCAGAGCAAUUGUAAUAGUAUCAAGUGAGCAGCUAGGAGCAACAAAGAAGAUAGCAGAAUGACCUUCAAAUUAGAUAGAACAUGAACAAGUUUAUCAAAGAAGAGAUCCCUCAAUUCCACUACUCUUAAUUGCCACAAUCAUUAGAUGACCUAUAUGCAAUCAAGUAGAAUUCAAUAUUCAAAGCCAUUUUUAACUAGCAUCAAUAUGGCGGCAAGAGGGGUAAAAAGCCAGAUGAGCCCUAGGUUAAAGCCAAUCACAAUGAUUUUCUGCUUGCAGAAAUGACAAACAUGGCUAUUGACUUCUAAGAGGAGGGAUUAUACAGAAGAGUUUUAACAUUAAAGUGUGCUAAAGAGGCCUAAAGAUAUAUAGUCCAAAAGAAAGAAGCUAUUAAGGCCAAGAUUCGUGAGGAGCAGGAGAAGAUCCUCAGAGAGCAAUAGCGAGAAGAGAAUGAGAAGUUAGAAAAGGAACGCUAAGAACAGUAAAAUCAGCAAUAGUAGGCAGUGAUUGAUGAAAUUCUUAUCCCAGAUAACCCCAGUCUGAUUAUCAAAGACUCCUUGAAUAGUUUGUUUAGAAUGGACAGUGUUAUACCAAAUAAUGACAACAAUAUGAAUGAUGCGUUUGUUGACCCAUUCUUUGAUAACAACUAGGAUAAUGAGAUGAUGAUGAUGAACGAUAACUUUGGCGAUAGCAAUAUUAUGUUUCAAGACAAUAUGAAUCUACAUGCAGACAUAGAACCCUCUGACUUGGGAAAGUUAGAUGAUAUAGCAUUGCCUAUAGAAGACAUUGUAGUGCCACUAAUAGACAUGAAAAUAGACAUGAAAUUAGAGCAAUUAGAAGUUGUGUAAUAGGAUGGUAAAGAAGCCAAGAAAGUAUCAGAUUUCUAAGUGAAAAUGGGAGAUGUUAUUACUGAUAUUUCAGAGGAGGUUGCUUUGCCCGACAAAGAUGCAUUAGACGGCAUAGAUUUGUUCUAUCAAAUAUCUGAUUUGAGUUUGGAUAAUGAAUAAGAUCUAGAAAAUGAAUUCAAUAAAAGCCUCUCAGCUUAGCAACACAUUCAUGAGCUAGCGAAUUAAGUAAUAAACAAUAAGUUACAGAAGUACAAAGACAUAUUGAUUAAUGAUGCUAAUGUCAGAAAGGAUAAGAAGAAGAGAAAGUAGUAAUUGAAGGAACUAUUCUAAAGUAAUCAAAAACAAGCUGACCUGGGACCCUUAAUAGACCCUAGCAAUAUAGAAGGUUUCUUCAACACUGAUCAAAACUUUGGCUUAGCUUCUACUUUAAAUCAAAACAGAAAUCUUCAAGGCUAAUUCUAAAUACAGCAGGAUGCACCAAUACCUUUAUUAGUGCCAGUAGAGUUAGAUUAAAGCUACAAAAAGAAAGAAGUUCAAGUACUUCAGCAAGAUGACAUCUUCUACUAAGGUUUUGAUGAAGAAACAGACCUAGGAGAUUAAAUGACUUAUGAAAAUCUGGAGAAGGAGGAAGAGAAAAGAAAGAAAAGAGAAAAACAGGAGAAGUAAAAGCCAAUAGCUAGGCCUGAUAGUGAGAAUCCUUAUUCUGACGAUGAUUAAGAUUUCUUUGAGACCGUCCCUGAGCCUUAGGGCUGCUAGUACUACGAAUUCUUUAUUAAGAUCACCAAUGAAAAAAACAGAAGAGCUCUUCUGAGUCAGUUCAACUAGAACAAGCAGAGACUAUACGAAAGCGACAACUUCCUUUUCCCAGAUAAAAAUUACAAAAUGGCAUAGAAGAAUCUUAUGCUGAAGUAGAACUUGAAUCCAUAGGUGCAACUGGACUAGGAAGUAAUCAAGCAGUUUUACAAGACAUUCCCAAGCAAAAAACCUCCUAACAAUCUAGAGCAGGCAUUUAUAUUCUGGUAUGCAAGCAUAUUAGGAGAUGAAUGGAGGAUAGUAUCAGAUGUGCUUAACUAUCAUCCCUUUACCAAAGGAUUCCUUAGGGAGUCUGAUGAAGUCAUGAGGAUCUUCUACUUGAUUAAUGAGCAACUCACACUCUUUUAUCAUCCAAAGAUAGCAAUUGACCCUUGGAGAGUGACAGGAUUACCCCUUCUCAUAAACUAAAGACCUCCAAGCCUACUUAACUCUGUCCAUCAAUCUUGCCUCAUUCAUUAGAAUAAUCUUAAAGCUUUCUAGGAGUCCAUAGUUAAAUCUAAGUUCAAAUUUAGAAUUACCCUAGGUCUAAAUUAAAAUAAGAAUUUAGUAAUCAUAAGCACCAAAGUUAUCUAAGAACACUCGGCUGUUUCUUAAAAUGACCAAGAGGAGUUUAAAUAGGAGAAGACUAGUAUUCUAACUAAAAGACCUCCUUCUCCUUAUGCCAAUCUCGACUAAGAUUAGUCAGAUUAAAUCUAGCAAACUAAGAAAGAAAGCAGCGAGGGACAGAUUCCGACAGAAGCUUUAGAUGAGGUGAUUAAACAAUAAUUGAACUAUUAGCAAUAAAUGAAUGAGAGGUUUCAGCAAAGACUCUCCCUCUAAGUUAAUGAGACUAACAGGCAAAUUUAAGAAGGAGCAUCAGGUGCGCAGAUCUCAUUUUAUCAGUAUUAUGAUAAGCUGUAUUAGCCCCCUAUGAAGAGGAGAAAGAUUUAAGAUGUAAGCCAACUAAACUAAUAGAAACAGUAAAAAUACCAGAGAACAUCCAGAAACUUUAUUGAUAUCAGCAAGAUCUCCCCUAAUGAUAGAAACACUCCACUGAUGAAUGCACUCUCAUUAAAAGCAAGUGAUGGAUAAGAGUACUACCAAAAGUCGAUAUUCCAAAAGAAUACCACCAUAUACUGGAUAAGCUACUUACUCAAGAAACUCUAUCAAUAGGAAAAAGAGCAUGUCAUGAAGUCAAGGAACUCUGAGCCUCCAAUCAUUGAGUAGGUCGAUUUGAACACCAAGUACAUUCUGUCAAAGAGAGUCAUGAAAUAGUCCGAGGAGUGUGCAAAGAUUCAAAGAGCUUACUAAAAGGGAAUGGUACUAUUAACCUAGGAAGAAAAGGACAGUUCUGAGAGAAUAAAGAACAUAAAUGAGUCGCUAUCUAAUUAUUAAGUUGAAACUACAGUAGCAGGAAUUGAUAUGGUUGGAGAUAUUUGGGGUGGCAACACUAUUUUCCACUAUGACUAGAAAACAGCCAUUAAUCAGCUUAUUACUGAAACUGACUCUGCUGAGAGACAUCCAGAAUAUAUAAAGCAAACUUGGGAAAAGAAAUGGGAAAUGAUGGAUUGCUACUGGUUCUAGCAGCAUAAGCAUCUCAGCCCAAAUGAAAAGAAAAAAGAUCCAUCUUCCAAGUACCUAGAACAGUUCUACAACGCAAAUUAAUAGCCAAGUGGUAUGAGUAGUGAUGCAUAUGCCUAGUAUCUAUAACAGCAAAGAAUGAAUAGAAUGCCUCCAACUGCUGGAGCUCCUGGAGGAAAGCCUGAAGACACUCAGGCAGCAAUGCAGCAUAGACCAGGCCAAGGUCCUCCUAACCCUUAAAUGAAUAUGAUGAUACCAAUUGAUUAAUAAGGAGGUGGAGGCGCUGCAGGUGGAACAGGAGGUUAGCCUAAUCCAAACCAGCAGCCAAAUAUAAACUUGAUGAGAUCGCAAUAAUAGAUACAUCAGUAAUAGCAGCUUCAAAGGCAAGCUUCAGAUCUUUUGAGACAACAACAGAUCCCAUAAGGCCAAUAUCCUCCAGGGUAUUAGCCUUAGUCCAUUCCACCAGGCUAGCCAUAGAUGCAAAUGAUGCCUAGACAGCCUCCAGGAGGACAAUAAAUACCUCAGCAGAUGCCUGUCAACCAAAAUCAGCCACCUUCCUACAGAUGA